CGCUCGGCCGGUGUAGUCGUGUCAGUGUGUGUGUCUGUGUGGGUGUACAGUUAGCGCACGCGCACGCCCGUGCUGCCCUUCAUUUAGCCGGGCCCUUCUGUCGCUGUUGUGUCACAAUCUAAUCUCGUACUGGACCUCGUAGAUUGCAGGAUUACACAGUAAAACAUGGCGUGGCCACUGGUGGCGUUUGCCCUGAUGUUGUCGACUUCCCAGGGAGUCUACGGCAUCUUCAACACCACCUCCAUCAUCAUACAUCCGGAGGGCUUCUCCAUCUACCCCUGUCUGCAAGUGGACCAUAGGGAGCAGGAUAUUGACUCUGCGUUGAUGGGCUUGUGGUACGUGAUCGAGAUAAUUCAACACAAAGACGAGCCACAAAACCGAGGCACCAUGGUCUCAGACAUCUGUCCGAAGAUCUCUCUCUACAAAACAUCUCCCAAGCACAUCAAGCUAGUGUGGCAUGAGAGAGCAGGCGAUGUCCACUACACCUUCCAGCUGACGGACCCAGAAAACAGCGGAUUCUGGAUCACAUGGAGCUUGCAAAACGGUUCAAUGCUGAACAAAUCGUACAAGCAGUUUGCUGGAAGCGUGCAAGUGAUUGAUGCGCAGCCAAACAGAAUGGUUCUGACGUUCUGUUCCAACACCAACAACAGGACGCACUACAGCAUCGUGAUGGUACGCAACAUCACCGUGCACCACGACACGCAAGAAAUCCACCGGAGUCUGCAGAACUACAGACUGCCCGAGGUAGGGACUCGUCUGACGUGUCGUGACCCGCCCGAACCCGACUCUGCGUCUCUGCGGUUGUCCUCGGCCAUGGUCGUACUGCCGGCUGCGCUACUGCUACUCUCAAGACUGAUCUAACCUCGAUUAACUUUCACUUCAAGUUUCGCCCUCUAUUGAUCAACAGGACUUCCUAGUCUCUGUUUUUGUAAAUAUUCAUCACCCAAAGACUUCUAAUGUUCGCUAUGUUGUUUAGAUUUUACAAUUUCUUACUUUUGUUGAUUUGAAAAUUGUAAUAUAGGUUGAUUUUCAUGAGUUUGGAUAGAAUGGUCUAUAUUAAGAGACUUAAAAUAAAAAAUUUGGAUGUAAAUAGAACAAAGAUGUUCACAAUAUAACAGUUUGUGGUUCCUCGUAUUAGAAACGAUAUGCAAUCCUGUUGUAAAUAGUUUUAGGUGUCAUAUUCAAUGAAACCUGUAUUACCAAAGUGGCAAGCUUAAAUGAAGGCAGACGAGGGCUGUGGAAAAGGAGUAACCAAAGAUUAGAUUCAACUCAACCAGCAUCAAGUGUUUAGUUUUGAAAACAUGAAAGUACAUAAGAAGAAAAAGUAGUAAGGUAAAUUUGUUUGCAUAUUUAUAGUGGUUAUUCUCCUAAUUCUAAAAAAAUAUACUUGCUUCAAAAAGCUGUUCAUGUCAUUAAAAUUAAUCUUUAUGUUUAAUUUUAGCAUUUAAAUCAAUUAAAUAUGUUAUAUUUACAAACUAACAUCAUCAUUUACUCCUAAAAAUGUGUCCCUAACAUUUUUUACAUAAGUCACGUGGCGUUUUAAAUGCUCU